CUUGAAACUCAUAUUGGGCGUGUUAACAUGUCGGAAGAACAAGAAAUAUAAAUUUUGUGGCUUGAACGUAUCUUAAAAACGCGACAUAACUUUCAGGAUUAUCUUUCAACAGAUAGCUUAAUAUUUAUUCACAGAAGAUAGUACAUCUGAAUGGUCUGUGACCUCAUCACUGAUGGCGCUGCAGGAGCGGACCCGGAGAAGUCUGCUGCGCUUGCGCCAUGAACUGGAGCAGAACAUCAAGCCGCAGGACCUCAUGGACCACAUGAUCAGUGAUGGUGUGAUCACUGUGGAUGAGGAGGAGAAGGUCCGGAUUAAGCCCACCAGAAAAGACCAAGCUGCAGCACUGAUCGAGCUGCUGCUGAGGAAAGAUGAUCGCUCCUUCAUUUCUUUCUAUAAUGCGCUGGUUAAAGAAACGUACUACGAUCUGGCCAAACCUCUGUAUCAAGACUUACCAGGUGUCUCCUUCAAUGGACGAAAGGGCUCCUUUGACAGCUCCGAAACUUACGUUCAAAUUAUGCUGAGUGAAGGUGGCGUCCCACAGAGGCCUGUGGUGUUUGUGAGCAGACCAGAGCUGCUGAAUCAGGUCAGGAUGAAACUUGAUUUGCUCCAGAAAGAUGCCGGCGGCUGGGUUACGGUGUUCGGCAUGGCUGGGUCAGGAAAGUCUGUGCUCGCUGCCGAGGCUGUCAGAGACCAGAGACUCAUCGAAGAGUGUUUCCCCAGUGGGGUUCAUUGGCUGUCCAUCGGUCAGCUGGAGAAAUCAGACCUGCUGGUGAAGAUCCAGUCAUUGUGUUUUCGCCUGGAGCAGAGCCUGGAUUCCCAGUCGCAACAGCGGCCACCCACCUCUCUGGAUGAAGCAAAGGAGCGCCUGCGCUUCCUGAUGCUGCGCAGGUAUCCCAGAUCUCUAUUAAUCCUCGAUGACAUCUGGGAUAGCUCGGUGCUCAAAGUGUUUGAUAUUCACUGUCGAAUUCUUCUGACCACCAGAAACAGGAGCCUCACUGAUUCUGUUAGCGGUGCCAAGUAUGAGGUGGAAGUAGAAAGUGGUCUGGAUGACAGAAAGGCGCUGGAGAUCCUGGCCCUGUACACUAAAAUGAAUCAAAACGCGCUUCCUGUGGAGGCUCGUGACAUUGUCAAAGAAUGUAAAGGCUCUCCCCUGGUUGUGUCUCUGGUCGGCGCUCUGCUCAAAGACAAACCCAACCGGUGGGAUUACUACCUCCGCCAGCUGCGGCAGAAGCAGUUCAAGCGCAUAAGGAAGUCUUCAUCCUACGACUACGACGCCUUGGAUCAGGCCAUGGCGGCGAGCAUCGAGGUUUUACCAGACGAACAUCGGGAACUCUACAAAGACCUAACUGUGCUGCAAAAGGACGUCAAGAUCCCCGCUAAGAUAUUGUGUGUUUUGUGGGAUCUGGAGCCAGAGGAAGUGGAAGACAUUCUCCAAGAGUUUGUCAACAGGUCCCUGCUUUUUGUAGACAACAACAGUAGACUGAACCUGUACUACCUUCAUGACCUCCAGUUGGACUUCCUGGUGGAGCAGAACCGAGAUCAGAUAGAGAGUCUUCACAGUAAGGUGGUGAACCAGUACAACCAUCACUACAGAGAGGCUGCUCCCACCGCUGGAGACGAGGCUCGUCUUUAUUGGAUCAGAUUUCUCACCUAUCACAUGGCCAAAGCCCAGAUGUUCCAGGAGCUGUAUUCGCUCAUGUUCUCGCUGGACUGGGUCAGGAUGAAGGCGAAGGUACUGGGUCCAGCGCCCCUCAUCAACGACUACAUGGAGUACGGAUCCAUUCUGGACAAAGAGAACAGUGAAGUUUGCAGCCAGUUCCAGGAGUUUCUGUCGCUGAACGGCCACCACCUAGAGCAGCGUCCGUUCCCUGACGUCGUGCAGCUCGCUCUGUCUCAGCCGCACUCCUCCGCGGUCUACAAACAGGCUCGGGAGCAGGCGCUGCACCUGGCCAACGCUGGGAAGCUCUACUUUGAAUUAAUAAAUAAGAGCAGCAUAGAAAAUCUGUCCCGUUUGGUGAUCCACCCUCACCUGGGCUCCAUCUCCUCUGCCUGCUUCUCCCACGAUGGAACCAAAAUCGCUUCUUGUGGAGCCAGCAAAAAUGUGAAGGUAUUUAAAAGUACCUCAGGUGAGAAGCUGAUAGAGAUCCAGGCUCACGAUGAAGAAGUUCUCUGCUGCGCCUUCUCCCCUGAUGACCAUCUUCUAGCAACCUGCUCAAGUGACCGAAAAGUUAAGGUGUGGAACAUCCAGCAAGGCAAACUACUGAGGAUCUUUGAAGAGGAGCAUGAAGAGCAGGUGAACCACUGCGAGUUCACCAACAUGUCACAGCGCCUCCUACUGGCCACAUGCUCCAACGACAGCAUCUUAAAUGUCAAGAUUUGGAAUCUGAACAAGCCGUCGUCCCAGAACACCAUGUUUGGUCACUUCGAGCCGGUGAACCACUGCUGUUUCUCUCCUGAUGAUGCUUAUUUGUCCACUUCCUCCAAUGACGGCACCGUUAAGUUGUUCCAGGUGUCUGCAGCCAACGAGUGGAAGACGAUCGACGUGAAGAGCUUCUUGUCAGAAAGCGAUGAUGAGGACGUUCUUGUGAAGUGCAGCACCUGGACCGCAGAUGGCAAACGCAUCAUAUGUGCCGCCAGAAAUGCUGCCUUGGUGUUUGACGUCCAGACGUCGGACAUGUUGCUGGAUAUUAAGACGAACCGUCUGAGCACAGUGCAAUACUGUCACGCCUGUCCUGCCAGUAACCUGCUGGCAUUAGCAUUCUCAAAUUAUGCCAUUGAGCUGUGGGAUCUUGAAGAAAAGAAGAAGCGGGCGGACUGCAGCGGCCACCUGAGCUGGGUCCAGCGGGUCCAGUUCUCUAAAGACGGCUCUCAGCUGCUGUCCUGCUCCGACGACCAGACAAUCAGGUUAUGGGAGACCGAGAAGGUCCACACGUCCUCAGCCGUCUGCCUGAAGAGAGAUUCGGACGUUCUCUUUAAUGGUGAGGAAAUCAUCGUGUCGGCUGCAGACAACUGCAACAGACUCCAGGUGCGGGAUGGCAGAACAGGAUCGGUGCUGUUCCAGUCGCAGGAGCUGCCCUUCAGAAUCCGGUCUACAUGUAUGUGCAGGAAUCCGUCUGCAGUGGUUCUGGGACAAGAGAACGGAGUUGUGCAGGUGUCAGGGCUGACAGCUAGUCGGGUCCUGAGGACGAUUGGCUGCAGGAUCCGUCAACUGCUGACCUCCUGCAGGGAGGUGUUGCUGGCUGUAGCUCAGUGCACAGGCAGGGUGCAGGUGUUGGCGUUGCCCUCAGGGAAGCUUUUAGCCACUCUGCUGGGACACACCAAGACCGUGCUCCACUGCCAGUUCUGCCAGAAUGGACAAACGCUCAUCACCUCAUCCGAGGACACCACCAUCAGGGUGUGGAAGUGGAAAUCAGGCGAGUGUAAAGUACUUCAGGGUCACAAGGAGCAAGUUCGAUGCUUCUCUUUGCUCUCCGGCUCAGCAAAUGACUCGAGACUGCUCUCCUGGUCCUUUGAUGGAACUGUGAAGGUGUGGGACAUUGAGAGCGGAGAGAAACUGCAGGACAUCAGGGCUCAUCAGGGAGCCAUUCUGUCCUGUCACGUCUCGCCAGACAGAUGUCUCUUUGCGACCACCUCUGCUGACAAGACCACUAAGUUGUGGAGCUGCGAAUCCUGGCAGUGUGUCUUCACCCUGAGAGGUCACCAAGACUGCGUCCGAAGUUGCCGUUUCUCCUGGGACAGCAAACGCCUCGCUACGGGAGACGACAACGGAGAGAUCCGAAUCUGGAGUGUUACAGAUGGCUCUUUACUGAAGAUUUGUUCCCAGGAAAGUAAAGACGCCACUGAUUCUGUACAUGGAGGUUGGGUGACUGAUCUGCACUUCUCCCCAAACAACUCUGUGCUCGUUUCUACCGGAGGCUACAUCAAGUGGUGGAACGUGGCGAGAGGUGAAUCCCUGCAGACGUUUUAUCCGACAGGAAGCGCCCUCAAGAAGAUCCACGUGUCGCCCGACUUCUCCACCUUCGUCACCAUCGACAACAUCGGUAUCCUCUACAUCCUAAAGAGGGUAGCAUGAGGACAGGACAAGUGCAAUCACAAUAACAAAUCACUACUAUUCAGAAAAAUGUGUAGCAGCAAGAGCAAGUUUACAUGUUUUCUCUUCACCGUUAUUAGUCAAACAUGAGCCAUUAUCUGGAAGGUAUUGCAGUAAAUACCAGCUUAUCAAGUUCUUUGGUACUACUUGACUUUAAUGUUGUGUUUAGAGAUGCACCAGUCAGAGAUUUGUGGUAGAUUGCUGAACUCAGGGUUCUGUGAAACCUAUUUCCACUUGUUUAUAUUUCUCAUUUAAUAUUUCUCUCUAGCAGUCAGAUCAUUUGUAUCAGGGAGUGGAAAUGGUGCAGCAAAGCAAGAUUUAUAUAAUUGAAAAUAAAACUACGAUGGCUUCUUUAGACUCUUGAAUCAAUGGCUGGCAUUGUUAAUGUGAACUGCAUUCUCUGUGUGAUUUUUGGGAUUUCCGUUAGCUGGCCAACAUUUUCUAAUCUAGCAAAUUUCAGCGUUUAAGAAACAAAAAUUAAAUGCUUGACAGAAUUGAACAAAGCGACUUUACUACUGAAGUUUUGCUUUGCAUCAAUUUGCUACCUGGAGGCAGGUACAAACUGGCUUCCUGCACAUCAGUGCUUCCUUCAGUAACAACUUCCACACCGAAGAGUGUUGUGAGCACAAUCUAAUGGGUGUCAUGUAUGGAGCAUUGUGAAAAGAUCAGAUUUUUGAGUUUACAGUCAAACUGAAAAUGAUCUGAUUCAAACCAUUUGUACCUCUCUGGUGCCUCUCUGCUUGUGAGGAUGUUAAACCUAAACACUAAAACAAGUUGGAAGAAUAAAAAAGGAUCUUUACAAAUAUAUAUACAUAUUGAGAGAAUAUCAGUAUGGAGAUAAAAAAAUAUAUGAUCCAUGCGUCUUAACUGUGAAUAAUAAAUGUUAAUCACUUUUUUCUUUAUUUUGGGAACUUGGUGUGAAAGCAAUCUUUCUGACUGUUCUUGCAUGUCAUUACCAUUUGAUUGGAAAUGGUUUUAAAUUGUUCAUAUAUGCAUAAAUAAGUAAAUGUUUCAUGUUUCAUCUCUAAACUUUACCUUCAGUAUAAAUUAUGUUUCGCCUUUAAUUUCCACUUCUGCCUUAAUGUUAAAGAGAGUUACUGGCAUUACAGGAGCAUGUUUUGUAUAAGUUUAUUCUGCCUUUUCAGGUCCACCAGCCGGCAUGAAACUUUUGGUGCAAUUUGACGCACAUUAAAAAUAAAUGGUAUGGGGAAAGUUUUAAUGAUUUAAAAACAUUUAAAAUUGCAUUCACUCAGAGCCAGGGGGACUAUCUGUACUUGGAAAGCGUUUGUUCAUUUGAGCUUGGAUCAAAGGUAAAUGUUUCAUACAGGGGGGAAAAAAACGUGAUUUAUAAUUUAUAGGGAAGUUGUGAUUCAUGCUGUGCUUUUAUAAUGUUUUCUACCACUUUGUCAGCUCUGAAUCCCAUGUUUUAUGCCUAUUUUUAAACUUUUUCUUAUUCUGAGCACUUUGAAGUGAAAGUUACAAUCUUUCAGGAGGCCUUUCUGUAACUUUUAAACUGUUAAACCUGCUGUAGUAACUGCGUAUUCUUGGAAGGAGUCCGUUUUUAAGCUACAUUUGAGAUGUAGAAAAUUAAUAAUAGUAAUAAUUAAGUGCAUUUUAAAAUUAGUGUCUGAUUGGUGCGUUGAAAAUUUUCUGGUUAGUUUUCUUAUCAUAUUUCUACACAUCUUUAUCCUAAUAUAUUGAUACUGUUUACUGGUGGUUAAAAGAUUGUAAUUUAUUCAGGAUUAAACUACAUCAAUUGUU